UUGUCACACAGAACGGAAAACGCAAAAUAUCUUCUUCUCCGCUGCAGCAAAAGUUUAUCAGGUGUUUUCAUAUUGUCACACAGAACGGAAACACGAUACCGCCGCACCAUCUUCUUCUCCGCCGCAAUUUAAUGUCUCCCCUUCAAUUCCUCCAACCCAAUUGAAUACCGACUCAUUUUCACUUCUGUUCAAGCACAGAUGAAUACCAUCUUCUGGAACAUUUGAAGAUUAGUAUGGACCCUAUGGAUAUAAAUGCGGAUGAAACAAUUUCCUAUCGGAACAACUAAGAUACAAACAAUUUCCUAUCCGAACUGUCAAUACAACAAUGAUUCAAUUCCAAAGAACCUUCUUCACCAACACCACUUCUUCUCCCUCUCUCAGCCACUUCAUGUUUCAACUCAGGUCGUUACACAAUCUGUUAAUCUCACCGCAGUUACCCUCGCUCGUGAAUUUAACUAUCAACGCCGUUCAACACCGUAACCGUUUCUCGUUUUGCUCUUUCGGGGUAACUAACUUCAAUACUUUGAAGUCUGUUACGUCCGUUAGCGGUUUCGGUUUACCGUUUCGGGUGAAUGGCAUUGGAAGGAGUUCACGGUUUUUGUUUGCUGUGCCGGAGAAGAAAAGUAAACGGAAGAAAUCGGUAAAAGCUGUUGCGGUUCGUGGUAAGGAUAAAAAGGAUGCUAGUUCUAGUGAAUCUGUGGAUAAAAAUGUGGAGUCAGAGAAAAGUAGUUUAAGUGAAGAGAUCAAGAGUGAUAAACAGGAUUCCAAAAUUAAUAAUGUUAAGAAGACGAAGAAGAAGCCACCGAGUAAGAAGAAAGAUGUUAAGACUUCUGCUGCAAUUGAUUCAAUCGAUCCAUCGAAAGCUGUUGGUGAAGAAGUUUCUAAAAAAUCACCUUCCAAAGGGAAGAAGAAGACUAAUGUAAAGGAGAGUUUGGCUGUUAGCACUUCAAAAGAGAUACAAGAUGGUUCUGCUUCUACAAGGUCAAAGAAAAAGGACGUAAACUCUAGCCAGGUUGAUCUUGAAAAGCCGCUAGGAAAUUUUACGGGAAAACCACUGUAUCCUCCUAUGGGAAAGUCUGUGAUGGUCGUGGAGUCUGCUACGAAGGCAAAGGUUAUUCAGAGAUACCUUGGUGAUUUGUAUGAAGUAUUGCCAAGCUAUGGUCAUGUAAGAGACUUGGCUGCAAGGUCUGGAUCUGUGCGGCCUGACGAUGAUUUUAGUAUGGUGUGGGAAGUUCCACCAUCUGCCUGGACUCAGCUGAAGAGCAUCAAUCUUGCAUUGAGCGGAGCAGAAAAUCUUAUUAUUGCAUCAGAUCCUGAUCGCGAGGGAGAGGCUAUCGCUUGGCACAUAAUUGAGAUGUUACACCAACAAGGAGCUCUGCGCGAUAAUGUUUUUCUGGCUAGAGUUGUCUUUCAUGAAAUAACCGAGCAAUCUAUAAAAACUGCUUUGCAAGCUCCGCGAGAGAUUGAUGUGAAUUUGGUUCAUGCUUACCUUGCACGGAGGGCCCUCGAUUAUUUGAUUGGGUUUAAUAUUUCACCAUUACUGUGGAGGAAGUUACCGGGUUGCCAAUCAGCAGGAAGAGUUCAAUCUGCUGCACUUUCUUUUAUAUGUGAUAGAGAAAUGGAAAUUGAUCAAUUUAAACCCAAGGAGUAUUGGACUAUGGAGGCCAAGUUUGAUAGGAAAGAGCGGAUAUCAAACAAGGACGUAACAUUUCGUGGUCGCUUGACCCAUUUUGAUUCUAACAAGUUGACUCAAUUUUCAAUUACCUCUGAUGGGGAGGCAAGGGAUAUUGAAGGCAAGGUAAACUCUGCAGAGUUUCAGGUUAUUAGCAUGAAAAAAAACAAAGUUCGAAGCAAUCCUCCAACACCUUAUAUAACAUCAACACUUCAGCAAGAUGCUGGAAAUAAAUUGAAAUUCUCAGCAAGUCAGACAAUGAAGAUUGCUCAGAAACUCUACGAGGGAGUUGAACUGUCUAAUGGUAAAGCAGUGGGGCUGAUAACUUACAUGAGAACUGAUGGAUUCCAUAUUUAUGAUGAAGCUGUUGCCAAUAUUCGCUCCCUGAUAAUUGAAAGGUGA